AUGGAUAGUACAUGAAUUAUGGACCGGGUUCGAGUGUUGGUGGGUUAAAUGGAUUGGAUAUAAACCGAAGAUGACAGCCGUUGUCUUCCAAGGCUACAACAUCCGACCGCGUCAGCCGCUUCCAAAACACUUCAACACAAUCACCGUUGAAGGUAAAAAGGAUAAGCAUCAGAACUCUGGAACCUCGAUCCAGCGAUGCACAAUCUCCGCGAAUGGAAAUGUAACUGCUCAGACGUAUCUUGGCCGUCCGUGGAAAGAGUUUUCGAUGACGGUGAUUAUGCAAUCGGUGAUUGGAUCGAUCGUGAAUCCCGUUGGUUGGAUUGCGUGGAAUUCGAAUUUUGACCUGCCUCCGAGUACUAUUCUCUACGGAGAGUACAAGAAUUCGGGUCCUGAGUCGGAUGUUACCCAGAGAGUUAAAUGAGCUGUGUGUAAGCCCAUUAUGUCUGACGAUGAGGCAGGAAGGUUUACGGUUGCCACGUUUCUCCGAGGGGCUGAUUGGUUACCG